AUGCGCUUCUUCCGCAAGCCGACCGAGGCUGUUCAUGAGAAAGGCACCCCUGCCAACUCUACGCCAGCAGACACACCACCAAGGGGCAACUCUCACACGGCAGAGAAUGUCGUUCCUGAAGGUCGCAUCCCUGCUAUUGCGGUCGUACUAGGGGCCGUCGCCAGCAUUGGUGGCUUCAUGUUCGGUUAUGAAAGUGGUCAGAUUUCGGGCUUUUUGGCAAUGCCAGACUUCAUCGAGCGGUUCGGUGACAAUGGAGAAUUCUCCGAUGUUCGCCAAGGAACUAUUGUUGGUCUUCUUGCUAUUGGUACACUCUUCGGAUGCUUGUGCUCAGCACCUCUCGCCGAUACCUACGGCCGACGCCUCACGAUUUCCGGUUCAGCAUUCUUCUACAUCAUUGGUGUGAUCAUCGAGAUUACCAGCAAAAAGGUAUGGGUACAAUUCGCAAUGGGCCGCUUCACUGCCGGUCUUGGCAUAGGAGCGCUGUCCACUGUCGUCCCAAUGUACCAGUCAGAGUCAAUUCCCAAGCGCAUUCGCGGAGCAACUGUCAGCUCUUACCAACUGCUCAUCACUCUUGGUAUCUGGACAGCCUACAUGGUCAACUACGGUACCGUGAAAGACUACUCGAACUCCGCGCAGUGGAGAAUCCCCAACGGCCUUUCCGCACUCUGGGCCAUCAUUCUUGGCAGCACCAUCCUGCUGCUUCCAGAGUCGCCCCGCUACGCGUACCGCAAGGGCAGAAUUGAUGAGGCCCGCACGAACAUGGCCCGCCUCAACGGAGUCGACCCGCACAGCGCCUUUAUCGAUGCCGAGAUCCGUGAAAUCCAGGAGAAGCUAGAGGCCGAGAGCGCUGGGGGCGACCACCCAUGGCACGAGAUCUUUACUGGACCCCGAAUGCUCUACCGUACUCUCCUCGCAAUGGUACUACAAGCGGGCCAGCAACUGACUGGUGCAAACUACUUCUUCUACUACGGCACUACCAUCUUUACGGCUACUGGUCUCGAAAACUCCUACGUGACCUCCAUCAUCCUUGGUACCGUCAACGUUGCGGCUACAAUCGUUGGCCUGUGGAUUGUCGAGAAUGUCGGUCGUCGCAAGGCGAUGAUGGCUGGUGCGGCAUGGAUGGGCAUGUGCCUCUUCAUCUACGCCUUUGUCGGUCACUACACACUCGACAAGCAAAACCCACAGCUUACGCCUGGGCCCGGCAAUGUGAUGAUUGUUUUCACGUGCCUUUUCAUUGCGGCUUUCGCUACCACUUGGGGUCCUCUCGUGUGGGCUAUCGUUGGUGAAAUGUUCCCUGCUCGUUACCGCGCUCUCUGCAUGGCUCUCGCAACCGCCGCCAACUGGCUGUUCAACUUCCUAAUCUCAUUCCUCUCGUCAAUGAUCACCCGUCAGAUCGACUACCUUUAUGGUCUCGUGUUUGGAACCUGCUGUUUCGCGCUCUUCUUCAUCGUAUACUUCUUCAUGAUUGAGACGAAGGGUCGAUCGCUCGAGGAGAUCGACACCAUGUACGUCUUGCACGUCAACCCAAUCACCAGCGCCAAAUUCGACGCAUCUUCGCUGCGCAAGGAUGGCCUCAUCGAUACGGACAGGUUACACAUGGGUGCUGGCGGCAGGACUUUCAGCAAGGCAGAGCAGGCUGGGCAGAACGGAGGUUCGCGCGGCAUUCUUGAGCCGGCUGAGCGCCAGGAACUCCAGGUUUAA